AUGUGGAACCCAGGCCGUGCAAAUGUGGAAACCAGAGAGUAUAUCCGCAAAUAUUUCCUUGAAAUUUAUGGCACUGACUCAAUGAAUUGUAAUAUGAUUGGGACCUUGUUUCGUGGAGGAUCUGGGGAAACAACGUUUCGAUCAUGGGCAGCUUUAAUUAUGGUGACCUCAGUAUCAGUGGCGUCAAUCUUCUCAUUUUUAAUCAUGGCUAAGAAAAUAAUGUACAAACUGAAGAAAAUGACAGUGAAUGCUAGCAAAAAAACAGUGAAGAUUCAAUUUGAACUACUACGAGCAUUGAUUGUCCAAACCGCCAUUCCGAUUUUUAUCAGCUUUUCCCCAUGUCUGAUUGGCUGGUAUAGUCCAGUUUUUGACAUCCAAUUGCCCAGAGGAUUCAACUACUUGGAACUUAGUGCUCUUGGAGUUUUUGCGUUUGUUGACCCGGUGGCAAUAAUUCUCUGUCUUCCGAUUCUCCGGAAAAGAAUUUUUUGUUUUAACCGUCACAAUUCAUCAAUCGCGGUUAACGUGGAAGGAAUUAAAGAUUGA